CCUCCAAAAUGCGCUUUCACCAAGGAGGAGAUUCUCAACAGGUAUUUGUCGAAGCCCAAAGUAGAUGCUAUAGAAGACACUAUAAUGGCAGGAUACUACUUAUCCACUGUGAUGAACGAUCAGAUGGAGGAGCCGAGCGAAAAGCCAGUAUUGCGCCAUUUUCUCAUGGGAAUCUCAUAUAGGUGA